AUGCUCAAAUAUGUAGCUCUUCUUGCCCUCCUGGCUGUCACCAGCUUCGCCGCCGAGUUCAAAUCGAUCGGCUACAAGACUUGUGGUCAGUUUGAAGCAUACCGGGAGUUUCAAACUUCGAGGGCUUCGGAGUCGAUUUAGAGAAUAGUAAACUCGAAAUUCUUAGUGCAACUAUCAAAAUAUUACAAAGAUAAGACCAAAAUUACUUCCCUCCUGGAUUAAAUUUCAAAAUAUAACUUUCCUUUCAGCCUCCGAAUCGACGAUUGUCGAUGUCAAGAGCGAUCUGUGCGAGUUGGUUGAGAAAAACGGAAGGAAAGUCUGUCUUUUCCAGCAAGGGACCUCCCCCAACAUCCGCAUCACCUUUGAGCCUAGUUUGGGGAUUUUCAUACUUUUUUUUAAACUUUUAAGUUAAGAGAAGAACUUUAAAAGCCUGAAGAGCUACAUCCGCGCCAAGAUCGGUCAAGGAGCCAUGGUCGAGUUCCCGCAGAGCGACACCAACGCUUGCAAUCGAGGUUUUUCGUUCAUUUCGUAUUUGAUUUGAUCUUUUUUUAUAUUGAUAAGAUCUCACUGAAUGCAAUUUUUCACGAAUAUAAUAAGUCAAGUUCCAUUAUCAUCAUAAUAUUAACAAUACUAAAGAAGGGAAGCUAAAAAUUUUGAAAACUCUGGAGGAUUGGGUGAUAACUGUUUUUUUCGAUUGAGCAGGAAAGCGCCUUCAAAAAAAGAAAAAAAUUUAAAAAAAUUUAAAAAAACCUUUCUUUUUUUCUUCAAAAUUUACAGCAUAGAGGGUUGUAAUCUUUGUCACAAGUUCCUUACUUGUCUCAAAAGAAAGCUAUAUUUUAACUUUCAGCAACGAUAUUGAGACGGGAAAAAUAAAGUAUCUCGAAGAAAAAAAAUGAAAAAAAUGAGGAAAUUUAAGAAGAAAAAAACAGGAGUAAAGAUAGUUGAUUAUUGAUGAGAAGAAAUUAUAGGAAGAUCAGUUUUAAAAAAGAUCUACGUGCUGAGGUCGACCAAAGUAUAAAUUUCAAAAAAAAAGGGUCCAUUUUCCAAAGUUUUAUACACCUUUUUAAUUCAAUGUUCAAGCUUUAUCUGAAGGAUGGCUUACUCCGAUUUUUAAAAGCAUUUUUUUCCUUAGCAUACAGCUUUUGCAGGACCAAAAUGCCCCCUGAAGGCCGGUGAGAAACAAACCUACGAACAGGAAAUCCACAUUGCCAGUCAUUACCCAGUGGUUUGAAAAUUUUGAAACUCCGAAAAAAUCAAAAAAUUCAGGGAGAACAGGUCCAGGUCAACUGGCAAUUGGUCACCGACGACGCCGACGCCGAGAAAGUCGUCUGCUUUAUUUUCAUCGCCGAGAUGAAGAAAUAG